CCCUGCUGUUGAUACUUGGUCAUUCCUUAUUCAUUCCAGACGGUUUCACUCAUCUUGCUGCGAAACCUUCCACGAGGCGUGGAUUUUGAUUUGGAGGAUCGAAACAUUUUUCGAGGAUCCUACUCAAUAUCAUCGGCGGAUAGCGGAGGUCAAGGCUCUGUUGGCCGUCGGCCUCACCGGAGGCAACUGAGGCGGUAUCAAGGUUGAUGAACAAUACCUUGAAUUCCUAAUAUUACCAUUAAACCCCGGAAAGCAACCUCGGCACUGGUUUGCGUUAUCUUCGACAAAGAGCGGAGAAAAAGGCUGCGAUUCUUUCUUAUGAGGAUCCCCGGUCAUCGCGUCCUAUCAAGUCAUGUCGCCGGCAUCGCAACUGGCUCCUCCAGGGAGCAGCAGCUACUCUUCGAACACAAUGUCGGUCGGUGAUGGUACAUGGGAUGCGUCACGGAAUACAUUUCUACUUCCGAACCUUAUGGGCUUAAACUUUGCGACCAUGCGUUAUAAUGGCAUGGGCAAUCGUUUCCGGGAUGUGCCACAAUACCAUACCCUGAUCCUUGGACAUGGUAUUUUAGCAGCGAUAGUCUUCAUUCUCAUCGUGCCCUCGGCUAUAUUUAUUGCUCGAUUCUAUGAUCGGCAGCCGCGAUGGGCCCUUCGACUUCACAUCUGGCUGCAGAUUCUGACCGUGGGGUUGACGACUGUCAUAUUCAUACUUGGGUGGUUUGCUGUAGGUCCAGAGCGGAGUUUGACAAAUCCGCAUCAUGGAAUCGGGUUGGCAAUCUACGUCAUCGUUCUUUACCAAGCCAUCAGUGGCUGGUGGGUUCACUCUCGGGAAAAGGGUAGAUUGAGGACACGGAUCCCGUUGAAGUUAAUGCUCCACCAGUGGAUAGGUCGGGCUUUAGCGCUGCUGGGCUUUGUGCAAAUUGGGCUUGGCUUGACCUUAUACGGCUCUCCAGUUGUGCUCUUCGUUCUUUACGCGCUAGCCGGAUUUUUUUUCCUUUUGGCAUAUUUCAUCCUAUCAUAUAUUCGCCAGCCUGUGAUCACUGACGACGGGAGAGGAAGCUAUAUCUCAGGUCCAACGACAGAAGUGACCGAGGACCACACUCAUAACCAUGGGGGUCUCGGAACGCUUGCAGCCGCUGGCGCGGCAGGAGCGGCUCUCGCUGGCUUAAGCAGGCGCCGUAGUCGAUCGAGAAACCGUGCUACAACGGACAGGGUCUCCCGUAGGCCGUCAGCUUCCUACAUUGAGCACGAAAAGUACUCAGAUGUCGAUCAAGCCAACGGUACCUGGAAAGAUCGUCUGUUAAAAGGAGGAGCUUUAAUUGGAGGGCUCGCGCUUGCAAAGAACUUAUUUGGACGAAAAAAAGAUGAGAGAGACAGCGAUGUUGACCACUACACAGCUCCGCUAGGUGGCGCGCAUCCAAUCAGAGAAAGCAGCUUGAGCAGGGUUGAGGAGGGUCGCCCGUCUCCUUUACGUUCGAGUUACCACGAACCUUUUCAUCGACGCAGUGUAAGCGGCAGCUCUAUUUCUAGCCAAACAAGCUUUACAGGAAAUGCAAGACCUCGAGAACAUCACACUGUCCGAGACGGAUUGGCAACCCUUGGAGCGCUUGGCCUUAUGAGAGAACUUUUUAGGAAACGUCGCGAGCGGAAAGAAGAGCGCCGGCUAGAAGACCUUCGCCAAAGAGAGAUUGAGGAUGAGCGCCUAGCCCGAGCCAACAGCCGCAGAUUUACUGGAGAUGGUCUUCCCCCGCCUCCUCGACGAAGAGGCUCAUUUACAGAAACCACAGACCUGACUGAAACAGAUACUGCUUUCUCUCAUCAUCAUGGUAUCCCUCCACCCGUAUCACAGAGUACUCUACCAACAGGAGGAGGUUUUGCGGCUGGUUCUGCAGCAGCUUCGAGCCAGCUGAAUCCUUCCCGUGCCAACUACUCGCAUGCUUCUAUUCCGCCUGCAGCCAUGCCACCAAUGCCACCAGACCCACAAGGUGUUCUCCAUCCAGAGUCUUCAGGUUCUGAGCUUUAUACUUCGCCUGGCGGUCGACCUCAUCAUCGUCACCAUUUGCCAGGCGAUGCUGUCGCCGCUGCCGCCGGCUUGGGAGCCGGAGCAGCAGCUUAUGAAGCAGGUCGACGCAGGGACCGCUCAAGAAGAGAAAGUGCCGGAGAUCAUAGCAUUACUUCGCCCCCCGUCUCGGUCAAAUUAAACAUUGACAAUGAAAGGAGACAAGUCACGCUCCGCCGAUUAUCCGAACAGGAAGCCGCUGCUGAGAGAGCGGCCAGAAGGCGGGAAAAGUCAGGCAGCCGCUAUCGGGCUGGAAGUGCCAGUGAAUUAUCGAGAACCGAUCCUGGGGAAAGAUGGCGAAGGACCGAAGCCAUUGAGCGUGCGCAGGCUGAAGACAUUGAAAGAGCUAAAGCGCAAUCCGGGGGUCAUUCAAGCGCUGCCGGUCUUAUGCCACCUCCCCCGAUGGGCAGCACUGUCCUCGGCGGGACUAGUAUAGCUUCUCCGGGCACAGUAACUGGGACCUAUGACGGAACCGGUACGGAAGCCAGCGCAGACUUUGCAAACAAUCGGCGCCGACGACGUGCGGAGAGAGCACGGCAAGCUUCGCGAGGCGGAGGAAGGGUGGACUUUACCUAAACGUUUUUUUUUGUUGCCCUUCUAAGGGACAUGGUCUCCUCGUCGCACAGGACAUACCGACUAUCGCGUUUGACUUUUUCGACAUGAGCUUUGGUGAUAAUAUCACAACACACUUUUGGGAGUUUCUGCGUUGACAUGAUUGGCGCGAUAUUGCCAUGAUAUAUUAUGUCCAGGAGCUGGGGAAGCAAUGCAGACAAGGAUAAAGCGACAGCAGUCGUGUGCAAAUCUUAGCGAUGGAUAUUUUGCAGUGCAGCUAGAUAUUGUACAUUCAUGAGAAACGAAUAUUAAUGCUAGAAUUGGACGGCACGCGUUGGAGGAAAUUUGUAUUUAUGAGCGUAAUGUUUGCAAAGCAACUCCUUUUAGUGGAGGCUACCGUCUAUAUGAGAAAUAGAAAUUAUGAUACUCAAAGCC